AUGUCUUUGAUGGAUCUGCCGCCAGAGAUCAGGGUGCUCAUCUAUGAGAACCUGCUCGUGUCCAACGCUCCACUCUAUAUUCGACCCAGGCGCAUCAACUUCGAAGUUGUCCCCGCCAUAGUUCGCGGAGACGCGGACAGGGAAUCAUUGGUCUAUCCGCCUAUUCUGCGCACCAGCAAAAUGAUAUAUGCGGAAGCCCUACCCUUACUAUACUCGGAGAACAUUUUCCAGUUUGACUGUACUUGGCCAAUAACAAGCAUGUAUGGCAAAUUUCUGAGCCAGAUCGGGUCACACACGCUGGACAUUCGCCAAAUCUUCUUCGCUUAUGAUCAGCUCUUGUUCCAAGAUCCUCUCACAAAUCAUACUAUCCGUGACUUCGAGAAAUUCUCUUCCUUAGUCUCUGGGGUCAAAGUGGUAGAAUUCCGGUUUUUUGCAAAAUCAUUCAUCUCUGUCGACUAUGUGCUUGUGUUGAGGUUCCUUCGACCGAUCAAUGCCUUGAUCCACAAGGCAGGAACUGUCGAAAAGAUCAUCAUAAGACGAUGGCCCUUAUACUGCCCCAAGGUCAGCCAGAAGAAUUACAAGCCUUGGGAUCUCCUUAGUUUCAAGGAGCAGCUCGGACAUGAGCUGGAGGCAAGCAUUCUAGGGAUGGGGUGGAUUAUUGCCGACAGCGAUUGA